AUGAUUAUUUCUUCUGUUUUGUAUUUCGCUGCCAGUGCGGUGGCAUUAACACUCGACGUCGCUUCGUCUGGUGGCAAUCAGUCAAGUUCCCUCCUGUAUGGGCUUCUAUAUGAGGAUAUUUACCACUCCGGCGAUGGCGGUCUCUACGGGGAGAUGCUCCGGAACCGAGCUUUCCAAGGAUCGUCGUCCAAUGGAGCUGCCAGUCUGGCACGCAACACUGAUUAUUGGCAUCCCCUUGGAGGUGUCUCACUGGUCAUUGACGCAUCCUCUCCCAUUAUUUCGUCCAGCCUGCCGUACCAGAUGCGAAUGGACGUCCCCGCAGGGACCACAGGGACUGUAGGAUUCUAUAAUGAAGGCUUCUGGGGGUUCAACGUGGACGCUACCAAGCGUUACAUCGCUAGUCUUUACAUGCGGGGCAGUUAUUCCGGCACUGUCAACUGCUACUUCCAUAGCAACAAUACUGGACAGAACCUCGGAUCGACGAGCAUGAGUAUCGAUCAGACGUCGUCUGCGGGAUGGGUACAGAGCUACUCCGCGACAUUCCAGCCGAGCCAGACUGGCUCCGACGGCAACAAUACGUUUUAUUUCACGUUUGAUGGGUCGAAGCUCGCUGGGCAAAGCGUAUAUUUCAACGUUCUGAGCUUGUUUAAGCAGACGUUCGAUAACCGAUUCAAUGGCGUGCGCGAGGACCUGGCCAGCGCGUUACUCAACAUGAGCACGAAAUACAUCCGACUACCCGGCGGGAAUAAUAUGGAGGGUAAAAGCUCCCCUUAUGAAUGGAAAUGGAACGAAACAAUAGGUUCUCUUACGGAUCGUCCGGGACGCCCAGGUACUUGGGGUGAUAUUAAUACCGAUGGAUUUGGCCUUCUGGAGAUGAUGCAGAUGGCACAAGAUCUGGGUCUUGAGGUGAUUCUAGGCGUCUGGGCUGGACUUUACCUGGACGGCGAGGUCAUAUCCGAGGCCAACUUACAGCCAUAUGUGGAUUCCGUCAUGAAUGAGUUGGACUGCUCUGGGAUUUCCCCCCCUUUCACGCUCAAAUGGAUUGAGAUUGGCAAUGAGGACUUUCUCAGCGGUGGAACAAACUCCUACUAUGCAUACCGAUUUAUGGCUUUCUACAAUGCCAUCCACUCAGUAUAUCCAUCCAUCAAUCUUGUCUCAACCAUCAACCCAAACCCAGUGACAUCCAACGGCAGCUCGCUAGACCUUCAUAUCUAUGGCAACGAGAACUAUUUUGUUUCACUUUUCAACACAUUCGACCAAGCUAGCCGCAAUUAUCCCGUCUUCGUCAAUGAGUACGCAGCAACCAAUACUGGCUCGAACAACAAGGGCCAGGUGGGUGCCCAGACUCUGGGCAUGUCCUGUGCGGAGGCCAUCUUCCUCUUAGGCUGCGAAAGGAACUCAGAUGUCAUCGUCGGCUCUGCCUAUGGUGCCUUGAUCAAGAACUACAAUGAAGCGCCCGACACAGUGGCCGUGAUAAAACACACUGCAACCGAGAUCCUUUACACCAUCAGCUACUACGUCCAAAAGCUUUUCGCGGACCAUAUGGGUACACGGACUCUACCCGUUACCGCCACGAAUGGAGGAUUUGGCCCCGUCUACUGGUCCGCAACAGCAAACAGUUCUUCCACUAUCCUCAAGCUCGUUAAUUAUAACGGGGGAACCGGUUCGUCCAACGCUGUGCAGGUCAACGUCAAAGGUUCGUCGAAAACCACUGCAACUCUGAUCACCUUGACUGCCCCAAGUUCCACGAGUGUCAACAAUUUGCCGUCACUGGGAGGUGAAAGCAGUACUAUCACCACCACAACCUUGUCUGGGUCUGCUGGCAGCUUCUCCGUCAGUUUUAGCAAUUCUUAUGAGAUUGCUAUCUUGGUCGUCUAA